AUGGCAGCGCCGACGCCGACAACAGCAGCAGCAACUGCAAUAGUAGCAACGCCAGCAGCAGCAGUGGGCCCGUACGCUGGCGCCGUGGCCGUGCUGGCGCGCACGCUGGCCUGGUGCGGCGUGUGGCUGUGGGCCACCACCUUUCUGAAGAGGCCCGGCGAAGAAAAGGGCCUUUUGUUUUGGUCUUUUUCCGAACUUCCCAAGUGCUACUCCUUCGUGGAGGCGGCCUUCGCCUGGAUGGUCUCCUGGGACUUUUGCGGGGGCCUGCUGGCAGCAGCCAAGCCCCUGAGCUUCCUCCUGUCUUUCCACUCGCUGGUGGACCUGGCCACGCUGCCGCUGUCUUCUUACUUUUUCCGCUUUUUCGCCAGAGACCCCGCCGCCCACAACUACCCCUGGCUCCUGGGCCUGGGCUGGCUCCGCUUCCUGCGGCUGCUGCGCACGGAGACAGUGCUGGCCUGCUGCUUCCCCACUCUGUCGCGAGUGUCCCUGCGGGUGGUCUCCAUCGGGGUCUCCUGGCUGAUGAUUGUCUUGACGUUCGCGGGGGGCAUUUUCAUUCUCGAGGCGCCGCGGCCCGCGGCCAACUACAACUCCGUCUUCGACUUUUGCUUCUACGCCGUUGUCUCCGUCAUGACUGUGGGCUACGGGGACUUCGCCCCGGAGACCCCCGCCGGCCGGGGCCUGGCCAUUUGCGUCAUUGUCUCCGCCUUUGUGUAUCUCCCCGGGGAGAUCCAGCGGCUGCUGGAGGCGCUGCGGGAGCCCCGCAGCAGCUACGGGGGGGCCCCCGGGGCUGAGGAGGACUACCUGUGCGUCUUGGGGCCCAUAGCUCCGCAGCAGCUGGCUGCGUUUUGCUUCCAGGUGGGCAGGGCCUUCCCGGGCUCUUCUGCUGCGCUGCUCGUGCUGUCGCCGCUGCCCCUCAGCAGCUACCUCGCGGCCUGCCAGGGGGCCCGCCCGAAGGGGCGGGAGGACUACAUGCAGUACGAGCGGGGCAGCAGCUACACAAUAUACCGGAUGGAGUUUGCUGCAUGCGUUCGGGGGGCCCCCUUUGCUGAACUUGCAAGGGCCCUUUUUGUGAAUUAUGAAGUUUAUUUAAUUGGAUUAGUUUCGAUGAGCAACAGAGUGGCAUUAAACCCGGCGCAGUACACGGUGGGUGCGGAGCUGCUGCAUGCGCGGGCUCCCGCUGCUGCUGCUGCUGACGCCGGCAACCCCGCAGCAGCAGCAGCAGCAGCAGCAGAUCAACAAACCUACGCUGGCAUUGUCUUGGCCCCCAAUCUCGAAGUUGUUGCUCGAUUAGCUUCCGCCAAAGAAAUUGGCACCCGCAGGAGACACAAGAGACAGUUCGGAAUGCACAGCCAACAAAGCA